AUGCAAAAUAAAUUGACUAAAAUAUCCAUUCGCUUACUAUCGGACAAAGCAUCAAGAUUUGUACCUAAAAAUGGGGUAUAUCCAAAAGGUUAUAUAGUAGGUGGGAUUCAUUGUGGUGUUAAAAAAGAUGGUAAAUCAUUUGAUUUAGCUAUAUUACAUAAUACAUUUGGUAAAAAUGCUUCAGCAUCAGCUGUUUUUACAACAAAUAAAUUUAAAGCUGCUCCAGUACAAGUAUCACAAAGAAUAAUAAAAGAAACUAAAGGUUCAGGAAUAAAUUCAAUUGUUGUUAAUAGUGGAAAUGCAAAUGCAGUAACUGGAUCUCAAGGUAUUAAAGAUGCUAAUGAUAUGGUUAUUGUAACUGAUUCAGUAUUAGAAAAUGAACCUGAUUCUACUUUAGUUAUGUCUACUGGUGUAAUUGGAAAUAAUUUACCAAUUGAUAAUAUAUUAUCAGGAAUUCCAAAAUUGGCGUUGAAUCAUCUAGGUAGCUCUCAUCAAGAUUGGAUGAAUUGUGCUACUGCCAUAUGUACAACUGAUACUUUUCCAAAAUUAGUAAGUAAACAAUUCAAAAUAGAUAAUGAUAUAUAUACUUUAGCUGGUCUAUGUAAAGGUGCAGGUAUGAUUUGUCCCAAUAUGGCAACUUUAUUAGGAUUUUUUGUAACUGAUGCACCAGUUUCUCCAGCAGCAUUAGAACAUCUUUUAAAAUAUUCAAUUGAUAGAUCUUUUAAUAGUAUAACAGUUGAUGGUGAUAUGUCAACAAAUGAUACCAUAGUAGCAAUAGCGAAUGGAGCAGCAGGAGGUGAAUUAAUAGAUAUAAAUGCAUCAUGUGGUGAAAGAUAUGUUGCUUUACAAAAAGAAAUUACAGCUUUUGCUCAACAAUUGGCUCAAUUGGUUGUUAGAGAUGGUGAGGGUGCUACAAAAUUCAUUACUUUAAAAGUAAAAGAUGCUAUAUCUUAUAAGGACGCUAAAACCAUUGGAUCAAGUGUUGCAAACUCAGCGUUAUUUAAAACUGCAAUGUAUGGGAAAGACGCAAAUUGGGGUCGUAUAUUAUGUGCUAUAGGAUACGCUGACGUUUCGAAUGACUCAGUUAUCCCAUCAAGAACAAGUGUUAAAUUUGUACCAAUUGAUGGUAGUGAAAGUUUAGAUUUGUUGAUCAAUGGUGAACCAGAAAAAGUUGAUGAAGAUAGAGCUUCAGAAAUAUUACAAAGUGAGGAUUUAAUAAUUGAAAUUGAUUUAGGUACAGGUGGUGGUCAAAGUGCUGAUUUUUGGACUUGUGAUUUUUCUCAUGAAUACGUUACAAUUAAUGGAGACUAUAGAUCAUAA